UAAAACAACUUUAUUCAAAAGUAGCUGUUUUAUCCUCAUUUCAAUAUCCAGCAGUCCAGUUGAAUUCACCCCCCGGCCGCCAUUUCCAUGCCAAUUAAGCGUAGCCCAGAUGUACGGUGGGUUGGGCAAAUCUCCGGGCGGACCGAGCGUGUCGGGCUGCUCCCCCGAGGUUCGGUCCGGCUCCACCCUCUUUGGCCGUGGCGGAGUAUAAAACCCCUCUUCGCACAGCAGAACUCAAAACAAAGUUGAGUGCCAAGUGUAGGGUCAGGUCAGCAAGACAAGAAGAAGACGGGGUCACAUAGUUGAGCGAGGUUUGUGCUUUGAAGGAUUGGUAUAUAUUUUUUUUUGUUUGUGGGGGGGGAGGGGGAUUAACGAAUGCCAGCAUCCACCUAAAUUUGGAAAGCAAAAGUCUGAGAGGAAAUGGCACACGUCCACCUGAGAUACAUCUUGGCUAUGGCCUUGGUGCAUGUCGUGUUUUCCUCAGGAGUGUUUGAGCUGAAAAUUAACUCAUUCCACACGGCGCAGCGCAUCUGCAGGAGACAUCGGGACUGCCACCUCUUUUUUCGAAUCUGCCUCAAGCACCCGGAAGAUGUGAUCUCCGCAGAGCCACCGUGCACCUUUGGAACUGGACAAACCAACGUCAUUAGGGCCGAUCACACUUCCAUCUCCAGCAGCGCGCCAAUCAGGGUGCCUUUUCACUUCAAAUGGCCGGGGACUUUUUCGUUGAUUAUCGAGGCUUGGAAUGCAGAGUCUCCAACUGAAUACACGGACAACCAAAACAACCUGGUGAAUCGCCUGGCGACCAGGAGGAGACUCGCGAUCGGCGAGGACUGGUCCCAAGAUGUGCACUUCGGAGAGCAGAGUGAGCUGCGUUAUUCUUACCACGUCUUCUGCGACGAAUAUUACUUCGGAGACAGCUGUGCUGAGUACUGCAGGCCGCGGGAUGACACGCUGGGUCACUACACCUGUGACGAGGAGGGCAACCGCAUCUGCCUGGAGGGCUGGAAAGGAAAUUACUGCUCAGAACCCAUCUGCUCAGCGGACUGCAGCGAGAGACACGGCUACUGUGAGGCCCCAGGGGGCUGUAAAUGUCGCAUGGGUUGGCAGGGCCCCUCCUGCAACGAGUGCGUCCGCUACCCGGGCUGCCUCCACGGCACCUGUGGCCAGCCGUGGCAGUGUAACUGUCAGGAGGGUUGGGGCGGCCUCUUUUGCGACCAGGAUCUCAACUACUGCACCAACCACAAGCCGUGCGCCCACGGUGCAACCUGCACAAACACUGGUCAGGGUAGCUACACUUGCACCUGCAGGCCCGGCUUCGGGGGCACAAACUGUGAGCUGGAAACCAACGAGUGUGACAGCAACCCCUGCAAAAAUGGAGGCAGCUGUAAUGACCUGGAAAAUGACUACUCGUGCACCUGCCCGCAAGGAUUCUACGGCAAAAACUGUGAGAUCAUCGCAAUGACCUGUGCGGAUGGCCCCUGCUUCAAUGGAGGGACGUGUGUGGAGAGCGUGUCCGGAGGUUACACGUGCGGGUGCCCUCGCAGCUACACGGGCUCCAACUGCGAGAAGAAGCUGGAUCGCUGCAGCAACAGGCCCUGCUUAAACGGUGGCGAGUGUCUGGACCUCGGCCAGAGUAUUCUAUGCCGUUGUCAGGCCGGGUUCACCGGCGCCAACUGCCAGGUCAACACGGACGACUGCGCCUCCAACCCCUGCCAAAAUGCCGGCACCUGUCAGGAUGGUUUGAACGACUACAUUUGUUCCUGCACCUUAGGGUACACCGGCAAGAAUUGCAGCGUGCGCUCAGACGCGUGUGGAGAACGUCCUUGCCAGAAUGGCGGCACUUGCUUCACUCACUUCACAGGUCCUGUAUGCCAGUGCCCGAAAGGAUUUAUGGGUCCGAGUUGCGAGUUCACACUCCAGCCGAGUUUCAAGCCGACUUUACGCCAGACCUCCCAGCCCUCUUCGGCCACGCUGACCACCUCCUGCAUUCUUGCCAUCCUGGUUGUGGCUCUGGUGGCGGGCAUUAUCUUGCUGAGGAGGCGUAGGAGGCUGCAAGGAAGGAAGCAGCUCAGCGACACAGCAGUUUACAAUGACCUGGAGACGGUCAACAACCUGGGGGUAAGCGAGAGAGACUCUUUCCUCAGUCCGAACGGACUGUUCAAGAUCAGCAACAGCGCGGCCCGGCUCAGCUUCGCCCCCUUUUCGGAAGGAAGGUCAGGGUGCAGGCACGAUCCUGCGGAGAGCGGCUUGGCCAGAGCAGAUUUUAUAUGGAGGGACGAGGCAGGCCUGGCUUCAAUAAUUGGCCCAAGAUGAACAGAA